AUGAAUGCGUCGUUCUAUCGCUGCCAGGCAUCCCCCUGGGUGGAAAAGGGCUCCUCGGCGACGAUGGGCGGCGUGCUCUUCACUGCAGGGCUGCUGGGCAACCUGCUGGCGCUGGUGCUGCUGGCGCGGUCAGGCCUGGGGUCCUGCCGGCAGCGGCCGCUGCACCCUCAACCCUCUGUCUUCUACGUGCUAGUGUGUGGCUUGACAGUCACCGACUUUCUGGGCAAGUGUCUAAUCAGCCCGGUGGUCCUGGCUGCCUAUGCGCAAAACCGGAGCCUACAGGAACUGCUGCCUGCCGGGGGCAAUCAAUUAUGUCAAGCCUUCGCCUUCAUUAUGUCCUUCUUUGGGCUAGCCUCGACGUUACAGCUGCUGGCUAUGGCGCUGGAGUGCUGGCUGUCUCUGGGACAUCCCUUCUUCUACCAAAGGCACAUUACCCUGCGCAGGGGAGUACUGGUGGCGCCUAUUGUGGGAACCUUCAGUUUGGCUUUCUGCGCACUCCCCUUCACUGGCUUUGGGAAGUUCGUACAGUACUGCCCGGGCACCUGGUGCUUCAUCCAGAUGGUCCAUGAGAAGCGCUCGCUGUCGGUUCUCGGCUUCUCUGUGCUCUACUCCAGCCUCAUGGCGCUGCUAGUCCUCGCUACCGUGCUCUGCAACCUGGGUGCCAUGCACAACCUCUAUACCAUGCACCGGCGCCUGAGGCGCCACCCUCGCUCCUGCCUCAGGGACCACCCCCAAGCAGGCUCAGGUCAUAGGCAAGAGUCCCCGCAUCCCCUGGAGGAGCUGGACCACCUCCUGCUGCUGGCUCUGAUGACAGUGCUCUUCACUAUGUGUUCCCUGCCUUUAAUUUAUCGUGCUUACUAUGGAGCAUUCAAACUUUCGGACACAACUGAAGGAGACUUGGAAGAUCUCCUGGCCUUGCGUUUUCUGUCUGUGAUUUCAAUCGUGGACCCCUGGAUUUUCAUCAUUUUCAGGACUUCAGUAUUCCGGAUGUUAUUUCACAAGAUUUUCAUAAGACCUCUGGUCUUCAGAAACUGGCACAGCCAUUCCUACCAAUCUAAGACGGAAUCCACUCUGUGAGGACUCUGUGUGCUCUGAUAAGCUGAAAAUAUACCACACACUCAAAGGACUAUGAUUGGAAAAAACCUACAGUACAAUCAUUAAAAAUUACCUCCCU